CUUUAGUUAUAUUAAUAUAUAUCAUAUAAAUUUUUAGUAUUCUACAUAUAAUAUAUAUUCAUUACAGUUAAAAUGUAAUCAUGAACUUUUCAGAAACUUUUAAACAGUCAAGCUACUUAUGCAAGUUUUCUCCAGAUAACAACUACAUUGCUAAUGCAACAUCAUAUCGUCUUAUCAUUCGAGAUGUGAAAUCACUUCAAGUGAAAGCACAUUUUUCUUGUCUAGACAAUAUCAAUCAUGUUGAGUGGGCUUCAGAUUCCAUGUAUGUGUUGUGUGCUCUUUUCAAGCGAGGUUUUAUUCAGGUUUGGUCAUUAGAAAACCCUAGUUGGAUUUGUAAGAUUGACCACGGCUCGAUUGGACUUGUAGCAGCUCAAUGGGCACCUGAUGCGCGACAUAUACUUGCAACUUCAGAUUUCAAGCUUCGUAUAUCAGUAUGGUCAUUAAUUAGCAAAUCGGUUUCAUAUAUAAAGUAUCCAAAACAUGCAAACAAAGGACUAGAAUUUUCAAAAAAUGGAAAGUAUUUGGCUGUUGCCGAGCGUCGUAAUUUUAAAGAUUUUAUUAGUAUAUUUGUUUGUGAUACAUGGGAGAUGAUUCAACAUUUUGAAACUGAUACAAAAGACUUAUUUGAUUUAUCAUGGUCACCUAACAAUUGUAUGAUAGCAGUUUGGGAUACGAAGAUAGAGUACAAGGUUGUAAUCUACUCUUUGGACGGUCGUUUGAUUACAUCUUAUUCCGCUUAUGAUUGCAUGUUAGGAAUUAAAUCUGUAGCAUGGACACCUUCAAAUCAAUUUUUAGCUAUUGGAAGUUAUGACCAAUCUGUACGUUUAUUGAAUAACAUAACGUGGAAGCCAAUAACAGAGUUAAAACAUGUUUCUAAAAUCAACAACGGAAAUGUUAUUGUUUACCAAGAGCAGGAGCGGAAAAACCUAAAAUUGCCAUGGGAGUCAGGAUCUGAUCAUCAUUUUGGCUGUAGUCAAUAUGUUGUUCAAGAAAUCCCAUUCGUUGUACCUUCAGUUCGCGCUGAUCCAGAGAAACCAAAUCCUAAACUUGGAGUUGGUACUAUUUUAUUCAGUUUUGACAACAAAUUUAUUGCUACAAAGAAUGACAAUCAGCCAAAUGUACUUUGGAUAUGGGACUUACAGAAGUUAAAACUAUGUGCGCUUGUUGUCCAAUGUCAUCCUAUUAAAGCAUUGUCUUGGGAUCCUUGCGAAGUUCGUUUGGCAUUUUGUAGUGGUAAUAAUAAAGUUUACAUGUGGUCACCUGCAGGUUGUUUGUCAGUAGAAGUACCUGGUCAAGAAAUAUUUCUCGUAACAAAUUUGAGUUGGUAUCACACUGGGGAUUCCUUGUUGCUAAUGAGUAAAGAUCAAAUGUGUUUCUGCUACCUAGCGACAACUGCAAGUGUCAUCUAACGACAAUUCAAACAAAUCAAGAUAACUUUUUAAUGACGUGUUGGUUUAUAUUUAUUAUAUUUAAAUAAUAACGAAUAUUUUUAAAUAAUUUUUAGUUUGAAAUUAAUUAUUUAUGAUAGCAUCAAAAUAUUUUUUCAUUUAUUGGACCAAUUGGGUAUAGUCAAUAUGGAUUGUAAACAUAUUUUUAUAAAAAAUUGAAUUUAUAUUCAAUUACCUGUAGAGUUUGAUUUAGAUUUUGAUAAAGUAUAUCCAAAAAAGAUUUCUUAUCUUUCUUUAAA